AUGAACACCAAGCUCAAGGAUCUAUCGCUGCUCGAUGCAUCGGACUUCGUCAAGAUACCGGGCAGUCUCGACACUUCGGACAAUGAGUCGUUCGAUGUGAUGGAUCCCGGUUCAGGCAUGCCAAUCUGCCGACUGAAGGCAUCCAAUCUUAAAGACGUCGACGAGGCCAUUCAGGCUGCUAGCGAAGCAUUUACCACCUACUCGGCCCUUCCAGCAAGGGAAAGAGCCAACUUGCUGCUCAACUUUGAUCGGCUGGUCCGCGACAACCUCGAGGAUCUGGCGUGGAUCCUGGUCUACGAGACGGGCAAGCCGCUGGAAGAGGCAAGGAUAGAGGUGCAGUAUGCUCUCACUUUCAGCUGGUGGUACGUCGGAGAGACCGAACGAGUGCAGGGUCAGGUGGUCAAGAGCGCCACCAAUCCUUCACUGCGCUUCUUGACUGUAUUGCAGCCCAUCGGACCCAUCGCUAUCUUGACGCCGUGGAACUUUCCGGUUGCACUCUUCAUUCGCAAGGCAGUCAGUGCCCUCGCCGCGGGCUGCACCAUUGUUGCCAAACCGUCGCCAGAGACGCCACUUUCGACAAUUGCCAUCGCCAACCUUCUGCAUCGCGCCGGCUUCCCCGCUGGAUCGGUCAACAUCGUUCUCGCAUCGUAUCGCAACACCCCCGCCAUCGGCCAGGCCCUUUGCACCGAUCCGCGCAUCAAGAAGCUGAGCUUCACCGGGAGUACUCGGGUUGGCCGACUGCUGAUGCAGCAGUGCGCUCCGACCCUCAAGAAGAUGACGCUCGAGCUUGGCGGUCUGGGUGCUUACCUGAUCUUCGAGGACGCCGACGUGGAAGCGGCUGCGACAGCGUUGGUGGCCAACAAACUCCGUCACGCGGGGCAAACUUGCAUCUCAGCGCAGAGGGCAUAUGUGCACGAGUCCGUCUACGAUCGUGUAGUCAAGACCAUCGCUGAGCAGCUGGAUCGCGUCACCAUCGGACACGGUGCCGAAAGCUCCAGCACAUUGGGGCCGUUGCAGACAGAGCGCAGUCAGCAAAAGGCUCGCGAGCAUAUCCAAGAUGCUAAAGCUAAAGGUGCCAGCGUGCAUACUUCCCGCGCUAGCCUGCCGAGCUCGGGGUACUUUGUGGCGCCAACUUUGAUCGCCAACUGCACCAAAGACAUGCUCGUCUUCCAGGAAGAGUCGUUCGGCCCGCUCAUCAACGUCGCCACUUUCAACACCGAGCAAGAGGCCAUCGAGCUCGCCAACGAUACCGAUAUGGGACUCACCUCGUACGUGUUCACCAAGGAUUCGGCGCGGCUCUGGCGCGUGUUCGAGAAGCUCAAGGCGGGCAAUGUCGGCUUGAAUGUCGGGGGCAGCACUACGGCGGCCGAGAUUCCUUUCGGUGGCGUCGAUCAGUCAGGUUUCGGCAAGGAAGCCGGCAUCGGUGCUGGUUUGAAGGAGUAUAUGAUCGAGAAAUCGGCCACCAUGUCGAUAGCCUGA